GCACCUGCUCUGUUCCAGUGCUCUAGGCUGCAUGGGCGCCUCUGUUGAGGAGGUUGCUGUGAUUUGAAAAUCUUGAUUCCUUGGGUGACUGAUUUCAAAAGGCUGUGGAUGAAUUAUGCUGGAUGCAGUCCCACCCGGAGGCUGCGGGCCUGGGGGGUCCUGGCUGGGGGUGCCACUCUCAUAGCCCUAUGGCUCCUUUGGCUGCUGGGAUCAGUUCCUGGGGGUGUCCCAGCACCUCAGCCCAUAGUCACUAUCCUUAUCUGGCACUGGCCUUUCACCAAUCGGCCUCCGGAGCUGCCUGGUGACACCUGCACCCACUAUGGGAUGACCCACUGCCGUCUGAGUGCUAACAGGAGCUUGCUGGCCAGUGCAGAUGCUGUGGUUUUCCACCACCGUGAACUGGAGACCCAGCGGUCCCGCCUGCCCCUGGACCAGAGGCCACGGGGGCAGCCCUGGGUCUGGGCCUCCAUGGAAUCACCCAGCAACACUCGUGGUCUCCAUCACCUCCGUGGCAUCUUCAAUUGGGUGCUGAGCUAUCGGCGUGAUUCUGAUAUUUUUGUGCCCUAUGGUCGCUUGGAGCGUCACUCUGGGCCCACCCCCCCACUGCCAGCCAAAAGAGGGAUAGCCGCCUGGGUAGUCAGCAAUUUCCAGGAGCGUCAGAAGCGUGCAAGGCUGUACCGGCAGCUGGCACCUCACCUGCGGGUGGAUGUGUUUGGACGUGCCACUGGACGGCCUCUGUGUGUCAACUGUCUGCUGCCCACUGUAGCCCAGUAUCGCUUCUAUCUGUCCUUUGAGAAUUCACAGCACCGAGACUACAUCACUGAGAAGUUCUGGCGCAAUGCUCUGGCAGCUGGUACUGUGCCUGUGGUGCUGGGACCCCCUCGGGCCACUUAUGAAGCUUUUGUACCACCAGACGCCUUUGUACAUGUGGAUGACUUCAGCUCAGCCCGUGAGCUGGCCGUCUUCCUUACUAGCAUGAAUGAGAGUCGCUAUCAUCAAUUCUUUGCCUGGCGAAAUCGGCUCCAAGUGCGGCUGCUGGGUGACUGGCGGGAGCGUUUCUGCACCAUCUGUGCCCGCUACCCCCACCUACCCCGUAGCCAGGUUUAUGAAGACCUAGAAGGCUGGUUCCAGGCAUGAGCUCCUGAUGCCAGGAGAGGCUUUGUGGGUGGAAGGGCUGGAUGUUGAAAUCAAACCACCAGGCAUCCGGCUAACCUGACAUAAGGCUAACCCGAGGCUGGGGUCAGCAACCAGGAAGCAAGAACUGAGAACAGGUUGGGCUGGGGAGGCUGCCUGGAGGGGGAAGCUGGUGAACUUUUCAGUAAGGAUCUGGGGAUGGAGACGAGAGCAUGGAGGGAAUUAGUGAGGAGCAUAUUGCAUGAGCUAAUUGAAGAAAGGUAAUGUUGAGUGUGCCCAGACCUACCUUGAACAUGCUCAUGAAUCAAGGCUCAGUUGAAGGAGGGAGGCAGUGCUUUGGGACAUCUUGGGCUGUGAUUUGUGGGACAAACUCUGGGAGUUUGAACCUCAGUAAUCAAGGUGCUGGCCUCAGGGCUGUAGGUGAAUAUUCUGGAACCCUGAGUACAGACCAUGUGGUAGACCGAAGGGUGGGGGAGGGGAAGGACAAUAUGGGGCUUUCUGCAGACACAGUCUACUCAUGGAGAGAGGCG